GCGGUGAGGGAGGGCGGCCGACACAAUGAACGCUUCCCUCGCAAGAAAGAGCCUCGCCGCUUUUUCCUCUCUCCACGCGUGCAAUCGCCGGACCGCGGUCCGAGCGCUGCUCCCGCGGCCCACCGGUGGCCGCGACCGCUGCGUGUGUACGGCCGCGUUUCCUCCGAGCCCUGGCCGAGAUGCCGUUCACGAGGAAGAAACGGAUAAAAAUUCCCUUGACGAGGUCUCGCUCUGCGGAUGCCGGUGCAGCGUCUCGGGGAACCGUCUUCGGUGGCAGUGCUGUCGCUGAAUGGCAGCUCCGGGUGAGUGGCGGCCCACGGUGCGGACCUGCCCGCUGAGCGGGGCCCUCCCGGGCAGGGUGCCGGUGACCAGCGCGGCGGCUCCGGGCCCUGGUGAGGCGCGUGUGGCGGGAGCCGUGGAGCACCAGGCCGCGGACACCUCGACCCCCGGCAUGGCGGAAGGCGGCGAGGAGAAGCAGCGCUGCCCGCUGUGCCCCUUUGCGAGCGACUCCAUCGACGAGAUGAACAAGCACGUGGCCCUGCACCAGGCAGCCCAGCAGCAGCAGCAGGCAGCGGCGGCGGCUGCAGCGGCGGUGGCAGCAGCCUGCGGCAUGUGCACGGAGGCCGGCAAGGAGCCGGCCUCGGUGACCCUGUACGGCUGUGGGGUGUGCGCCAAGGCGUUUGCCAUCAAGGAGGAGUUGGACGAGCACAUGCAGAGCCACGCCAGCCGCCUCUUCAGCUGUGCAGUGUGUGGGGCGAUAUUCGUGGAUAAGGAGCACUUGGAGGGGCACAUGCGCACGCACGCCCCGCCGGAGGUGUUUAGCUAUGGCGGCAGCGGUAAGCCCCUUGCUUGCUCGUCGGCUUGCCCCGGCGACGGGGGUCCCCGGGGCAAGAAGCGGCCCUUUGUGUGCCCCACGUGCGGCAAAGCUUUCCGCCGCAAAGAGCACGUAGAGAGGCACUUGAAGAUGCACACGGGGGAGCGUAACUUCGGCUGCGCCACGUGCGGCAAGUCGUUUAGUCAGAAGGUACACUUAGAGAACCACGUGCGGAUACAUACCGGGGAGCGUCCCUUCAGCUGCCACGUGUGCGGCAAGGCCUUCCGGCGCAAGGAACACAUCGGCCGGCACAUGAAGACACACACAGGUGAACGGCCCUUCUGCUGCUCUGUGUGUGCCAAGCCCUUUGGCCAGCGGGCCCACUUGCUGAACCACCUGACGAUACACUCUGGAGAGCGCCCCUUUAGCUGCGCCAUGUGCCAGCGCACCUUCCGCCUGAGGGAGCACGCGGAGCGCCAUGCGCGCACCCACGCCCCGCCCACAGACAAGCUGGAGACCAAGGCGGUGGUGCGGCUGCACAAGGCGGCGGAGGUGGGCACCACCACGCACCGGUGCCCCCUGUGUCCCUUCGCCACGACCUCGGUGAACGACUUCUGCAAGCAUGUGGUGCUGCACGCCGAGGGCCGGGCCAACUGCACCGUGUGUGACAAGAAGGAGGGCGUCGAGCUGGAGGCCCCCAAGCCGCAGGGGGGCCCCAUGGCUCAGCCACCCAGCCCCCAGCGGUGCGGGGUUUGCGGCGAGACGUUUGGGGAUGCGGCGUCCCUGCAGUGCCACGUGCGGAGCUGCCACACAGAGCUGCCCGGGAGCGGCACCCAGCUGCUCUGGAGCUGCUCCUUCUGCGGCCUGGUGUUCAGCCAGAAGGGCCAGCUGGACACGCACAUGGCGGGCCACGUGGCAGCCAGUGAGCGGUCGGCCUGGCCUGGCCCCCGGACCCUGGAGCCCUCGGCCAAGCCCAAGGAGCGACCGUACACGUGCCCGACGUGCGCCAAGACCUUCUGCCAGAAGGCCCACCUGGAGAACCACCUGCGCAUCCACACGGGCGAGAGGCCCUUCAGCUGCACCGUCUGCGGCAAGGCGUUCCGGCGCAAGGAGCACAUUGGGCGCCACAUGCGCAUCCACACUGGCGAGCGGCCCUUCUGCUGCCCGCACUGCGGCAAGCGCUUCAGCCAGAAGGUGCACCUGGAGAGCCACGUGCGCAUCCACACGGGCGAACGACCCUUCAGCUGCUCGGCCUGCGGCAAGACCUUCACCCGCAAGGAACACAUUGAGCGCCACAUCAAGACCCACACGGGCGAGCGCAUGUUUGUCUGCUCGUCGUGUGGCAAGUCUUUCAACCAGAAGGCCCACCUGGAGAGUCACAUGCGCACUCACACUGGGGAACGGCCCUUCAACUGCUCACCCUGCGGCAAGACCUUCAGGCAGAAGGUGCAGCUGGAUCGGCACAGCCGCACCCACGCCCCCCAGCUCCUGCAGCUCCCGCCCCCGCAGCAGCAGCAACAGCAGCAGGCGGGCUGUUCCGAAGAACAGCAGCAGCGGGUGCCCCUCUGCAUCCCAGGCUGCCCGACCUGCGGCAAGGCCUUCUGCUGCCACCUCGAGCCUGGUUUGAACAUCCGCAACCUGCUGGGUGAGGCUGCCCAGCAGCAACAGCAACAACAGCAGCAGCAGCAACAACAACAACAACAACAGCAGCAACAGCAGCAGCAACAGCAGCAGCAGCAACAACAGCAACAGCAGUGCUCCGUGCAGGACCCAGUGGCAAAGGCAACGGCAGCUGCAGGGCCUCUGUAGCCCUCAAGACUUGAUGAACUCCGGUGGCGGGUGUCUCUCUCUGUCCCUCUUUGCGGGUGUGCUUGCGGUCGCCCCGCCGCUUAUACUGUUAUGCCUUCAGUGUAAGUUAACAUUCUCCAUUGCCCAUUUUUAGCCUGUUUGACCACAAUAAAGGAGCUUUGACACAUGG